GUUACAGUCCUCCAAAUCUACUAAUACCAAGAUAAUUAAGUAAACAAUAUCAUAUGAAAUAUUAGCGGUUUGUGACCUCUUCAAAAAAUGAGAAGGAACAGAAAAAAGAGAGGAGGAUAUUCUUUGCUUUGCAAUAACCACCAUCUUCUUCCCCUGCGGUGGUUGCAACUUGCGGCGCUGCCUGCUCGCUCUAUAUAACCGCACACUGCCCCGCCGCUCCAUCUCCACAAGCACAUUGCCGCCUCCCUCCGCCGUCCCAUCCCGCCGCCGGCAGCCAUGCGGCGCCGCACCCUCCUCCUCCUCCUCCUAGCCGUCCUGCUGGCCGCGACGGCGGCGGCGGCGACGGCGCGAGCGGCGUUCGCGUGCGCCCCGGGCGGCCCCGCGACGUCGCUGCCGUUCUGCCGUCGGUCGCUGCCGCUGCGGGCCCGCGCCCGCGACUUCGUGUCCCGGCUCACCCGCGCCGAGAAGGUGCGGCUGCUGGUGAACAACGCGGCCGGGGUGCCCCGGCUGGGCGUGGCCGGGUACGAGUGGUUGUCGGGGGCGCUGCACGGCGUGUCGGUCAGGGGUCCGGGCGUGCGGUUCGGCGGCGCGUUCCCGCAGGUCAUCGGCACCGCCGCGGCGCUCAACGCCUCGCUCUGGGAGCUCAUCGGGCGGGCGGUUUCCGACGAGGCGCGCGCCAUGUACAACGGCGGGCAGGCGGGGCUCACCUUCUGGUCCCCGAACGUCAACAUCUUCCGUGACCCGCGGUGGGGCCGGGGGCAGGAGACCCCCGGCGAGGACCCGACCGUGUCCGCGGCCUCCAGCAGGCGUCCCCCUCCGCGACCACUUCACGGCGAGCUCGCAGCUUGCUGCAAGCACUUCACGGCGAAAUAUCUUGAUUGAUGUGAUCAUCAGGAGAGUAGGUACGCUUGGGCCCACCAUGUCAGGGCGGCACCCAAUGAGCGCUGUCCCAGACGCGGCGGCGACGUCCCUUCGCUCACGGCACUCCGGCCGGCCGGCCGUCCCUCCCGUCACCAACCUUCCCUUCCUCCGGGAGUCCACGGUGCCGCGCCCUCUCCAUCACAGACCGAGGCGACAUGGAGGCGAUUCAUGGCAGACAUGGCGCGCGAACCAAAGAAAGAAGGUCAGUCGAGAGCACCGCCGCAUGCAGGUGAUUGCAGCCAGUCGCGCCGCCUGGCAUCACGUUCCGUCCAGCUAGAGGUGCGUCGUCAAUGCAUGCCCUUUAUAUGAUUCAAUUAUGCAUGUGCUUGGUCAUUGGAACUGCUAGCUCCUUGUUCAUGGUUGUCAACAAUGCAAGCUGGUUGUGUCGACCUAUGCUGGAGGGCCUGCGUUGCACAUUCACAACAACAGAAAGCAAGUACUACACUGCAACUCAAAAAAUCAGGCAACCAGCAGACCUCUGGUAAAGCUGCACUGUCUGUUCUACAAAACUGUGUGCAGACUGAUCACUAGUGCUAAUUGUUUGGAGGAUACUGAAAAGAGAGAUCUGACCUUUGUCAUUCCUGAAAAUCUAAUUUAGGGCGCAAGCUGGGGUGAAUGGAGGCAGCUCCAAUACCUCAGGUUUUGUGGUGAAUGGAGGCCGCUCCAAUACCUCAGGUUUUGUCAAAAUAUGAGCUCUAGCAGCAUUGAUAAGGAUGAAACCGAAUUACAUUUCGAAAAAGAAAAGUUUGUCAAGAUCAUGAUGUCCAUUUAUGUAAACUGGUGUGUCGUCAAGCACAUGGUUUCUUCUGCAUCAAAUCCUAUUUGAACA